AUGUUGCGCCGCUCCUCACGACAGAGGGCGGCAGUGGCGGCCGUCGGACUUGCCGUCGUAGGGGCCGGCGAUGGCACCCGACAGAGAAACUCACUGCAGCGCCUUCUGCGGGAUCAUGACGAAGGCGUCGCAGCGAACGCCAGGGGCGCAAUCACGGUGAGAAGCACCUACGAUGUGGAAAGCGCCCUCUACUACGACCAGUACAACAUGGCAGUACUGCCGUGUGUAAGCGGCGGUGCCGCGCGACAGUCACUGCGAGCAAAGCUCAUUGAAUCUGGUGCUGUCGCUGGGGUUCAAGAGCAGCUCUUAGCGCCUUGGCAGGCUGCGGGUGAGAGACGCGUUGUCGUAUUCGGCUGCCGAAGCACUGCAUACCUCACGCGGCAACUUCUCGCCGACACAGCACACUCCUUCCUCGUCGUGGACCCCUCGCUGAAGGAAUUGAUGGUGGCUGCCACAGCGCUCACCCCGGCGUUCGCCAACCGCCUCUUCUUUCUACGUUGCGAGUCGAUGUUUGCGUGUCUGCAGGUGCUGCAGCCGGAGACAGCGGACGUGGCGGUGGUACCAAUGCCGGUGCCGUUCUGGUCCAAGCGUGGCAGUCACCGGCGUCUUGUGCACUUCGACUUCUACUGCGCGGCCCACCAUGUGCUGCGUGUGCGGGAGGGGCCCACAGACCCUCGCGGUGUUGUCCUCUUCACCGAUUGUGAGCCCUAUGCGGCCUUCAUGAUGGAGCACCUAGAGGAAGCGAAGCUGGUGGUGCCAUACACCCGCAAGAACCCAUCCCAGGUAUUCCAGCGGUGGCUGCCCUAUGAUGAGCUCGUCGAAGUCGUCGAGAGUGGCGUAGAGCGGCGCCGUCGCGAGUUCCCGAAGCAGCGUAACGAGGAGGUGAUCGCGCUGGCGGCUGCAAAGAGCGGCGCAACGACACCGGACGCGACUCGGCUGCUCUCCUCCUAUGACUACUCCCGCAAGUACUACCGGGACUUUGCAGAGAAGGUAGUACAGCAGGCAGGCAGCGUUUGA